AUGCCAUCGUCAAAUACCAUCGAUGCUGCGGCCAAGUCCAAGAUCAAGUCUUCCCUGCCUUCGUCGCAGUACAAGAUCAUCACCGCGACAGUGGCCAGGGUGUAUGCGGCCAUUGGAGAAGGAGAAUGGGCUUACACUGGCAUCGAGGGAGGACUGGCACUCGUCAGGAUACUCUCCGGGCCUACCGCAGACAAGGGCGCUUGUGGAUUCCGUGUCGUCGAUCUCAAGGGUACUCGCGGAAUCAUCUGGGACCAUGACAUCUACGAGAACAUGCAGUACAAUCAGGACAGAAGGUUCUUCCAUACCUUUGAAGGAGACGAGUUCCUGAUUGCCUUUUCGUUCGCCGAAGAGCGCGAGGCAGAUGACUUCUUCAAAAAGGUCAAUGGGAGGUCCAAGUAUGUAGCCAAGUCCUCUUCCAAAUCUAGCAGCGCUGCUGCUGCCUCCAGUAGCUCGAGCCCGGCGAAGAAGAAGAAGGCCCACAAAGGCGGCAUUGACAAAUCGAUGAUCUCUGGGCCCACGGGCUUCCAGCACGUCGCGCAUAUGGGCUUUUCCUCUGAGAACGGCUUCUCUUCUAACAACGUUGACCCUACUUGGGCCGCCUUGCUUGAUCAGCUGACUAGCAUGGGAGUCAGCGAGAAGGACAUCAAGAAGAACGAGAAGUUCAUAAAGGACUUUGUGGGACAAAGAGGAGGACCAAGCAAUGCGGCUGCCCCUGCUCAGCCGAAAACCAAGAAAGUCCCGCCUCCAGCGCCGAGCAGAGGCCCGGCAUCCGCUCGCAAGCAACCUCCGCCGCCGCCUGCACCGCGGUCACGUCCAGGUGUACCUCCUCCCCCAGCUGCUCCUUCAGCGCCUUCAGCACCUCCUCCACCGCCAUCGAGACCAGCAGCAGCGACUUCUGCUCCACCCCCACCUCCGCCCCCUCCUGCCAGGCCGGCAGCCAGUGGACCACCUCCACCUCCAAGUCGUCCAGCGGGUCGCACAUCCGUACCACCACCGCCAGCCCCACCCCCGCCCGCAAGAGGAGGAGGAGGAGGUCCUCCGCCCCCACCUCCCCCUCCCACAUCUGGCCGCGGCGGUGGCGGCGGCGGUCCUCCUCCACCUCCUCCCCCCGCUGCGCCCCCUGCUCCGUCACCAAGCGAGCCCCGAGGCGCCCUCCUGGCCAGUAUCCAAGGUGCCGGCUUGUCCAAGCUCAAGAAGACCGAUCCCAGCGUCAUCAACGACCGAAGCGCUGUCAGCAUCGGUGGGAAUGCCGCACCGGCUCGUCCGAGCGGCGGAGCACCACCUGUCCCUCCUGCUGCCACAGGAGCUGCUAUGGGCGCUGCCGCUGGUGCUGGAGCUGCUGCCGUUGCGAGUGGAGGAGGAGAGGAGGACGGAGCUGCUGGAGGCGGCGAUUUGGCUAGUGCACUCGCGGCUGCUCUUAGUCAGCGAAAGGGAAACAUGGGAGAUAGUGAUGAUGAAGAGGACAGUGAGGACGACUCAGAAUUCUCAUUAGACAUUACAGUAAGGCAAGACCGAUGCUACUAG